GUGUGUGUGUGUGUGUGUGUGUGUGUGUGUGUGUGUGUGUGUGUGAUUGGUGCCUGCGUGGCCUGUGAAUGCUAGGCUGUGGGAGUGGAGAGCAGCGAGGUUCAGAGACAGACUGCCCUCAGUCCUCUACACGGUGUGUGUGUGUGUGUGUGAGUGUGCGUGCGUGUGUGUGUGUGUGUGUUGACUGCAGCGAUUGAAACAUUGUGAUUCUAGGAAAAGUAAUGUAAAAGCUGUAUUGACUUUAGUCCUGGUUUAAUCAAUAUGAACAGUUCCAUCUUCAGCCAUGUAAAGGGUUAACUGUUCCAGGAAGAGAAUCACACAGCAGUAUCUGGUGGGGAGGAGCAUUAUUGGCGUCAACUUGCUGAAGUGAAACUAAAGUAGAGACACAGUAUAUUGUGUACGAGACCAAACUCUCCAGCACUUCAGAAAUCUAUUAAACAGCAAUACGUUCAGACUAUACUCUGACUCUCCUAGCCGUUGACACCAUAAACAGGAAGGACAGAGAUAUUAUCCAACGAAAACAUACAGAUAUGGCCACCUCCAGCAGUCUCCUGUCUGAAGAGCAGUUCCUGUGCUCUGUGUGUCUGGAUGUGUUCACUGAGCCAGUCUCUAUUCCAUGUGGACACAACUACUGCAAGGCCUGUAUCAGUGGAUACUGGGAUACUAGUGACAUUUGCCAGUGUCCAAUGUGUAAAAAAAACGUUGAUAAGAGACCAGAUCUGUUUGUCAAUACUUUCAUUUCUGAGAUGGCUGCUCAGUUCAGGCAGAGAGUUGAAGUGAAAGCUACCAGCAGCACAGACCAAUGCCCAGACAUAAUUGUAGAAGUGUCCUGUGACUUCUGCACUGGGAUGAAGGUCAAGGCCCUGAAGUCCUGUGUGGUGUGUCAGACCUCUUACUGUGAGACUCACCUGGAGCCUCAUCAGAGAGUCGCAGCCUUAAAGAGACACAAGCUGAUCAACCCUGUGGAGAACCUGGAAGACAGGAUGUGUAAGAAGCACGACAGACCUCUAGAGCUGUUCUGUAGGAGUGACCAGACUUGUGUGUGUCAAUUCUGUACUGAGACAGACCACAAGACUCAUGACACUGUCCCUCUAGAGGAAGCGUAUGGAGAGAGGAAGGCUGAACUGGGGAAGACUGAGACAGAAGUGCAGCAGAUGAUCCAGGAGAGACUGAAGAAGGUUCAGGAGAUCAAACAUUCAGUAGAUCUGAGUCAGAAAGAUGCAGAGAGGGAGAUAUCAGACAGUGUACAGGUCUUCACUGCUCUGGUUCGCUCCAUUGAGAGAAGCCAGACUGAGCUCAUUGAGGUGAUUGAAGAGAAGCAGAAAGCAGCAGAGAGGCAGGCUGAAGGGCUCAUUAAAGACCUGGAGCAGGAAAUCACUGAGCUAAAGAGGAGAAGCACUGAACUGGAGCAGCUCUCACACACUGAGGACCACCUCCACCUCCUACAGAGCUGUCCAUCCCUCUGCACCCCUCCACCCACCAAGGACUGCUCUAGGAUCAGUGUUGACAGUGAUAUGUGUGUGGGGACUAUGAGGAGAGCUGUGUCUCAGCUGGAGGAGACUCUUAUGGGUUUAAUGAAAAGUCUAUGUGUUGAUCUGUGUGUUGGUGCUGAGUUGAAGAGGAUUCAGCAGUAUGCCAUAGCUGUGAUUCUGGACCCUGAUACAGCACAUCCCAAUCUCAUCAUGUCUGAGGAUGGGAAACAAGUUAGACAUGGAAACACACAGACAAAUCGUCCUAAUACCCCAAAGAGGUUUGAUAAAAGUAUAAAUGUCUUAGGAAAGGAGGGUUUCUCUUCAGGGAGAUUUUACUAUGAGGUGACAGUUAAGGGGAAGACUGACUGGGAUUUAGGAGUGGCCAGAGAGUCCAUCAUCAGGAAGGGGAAUAUCACACUGAGCCCUAAGAAUGGAUGCUGGACUGUCUGGCUGAGGAAUGGAGACCAGUACAAGGCUCUUUCUAGCCCCAGUGUCCUGCUCCAACUGAGAGAGAAGCCUCAGAAGGUGGGGGUGUUUGUGGAUUAUGAGGAGGGUCAGGUCUCAUUUUAUGAUGUGGAGGCCAGGUCUCAUAUCUACUCUUUCACUGGCUGCACCUUCAUUGAGAAACUAUAUCCAUUCUUCAGUCCCUGUCUUAAUGAUGAUUGUGAAAACUCUGCCCCUCUGAUCAUCUCUCCUGUCAAUGACAGACUGAGUUUUAAUCUGAAAAUCUAACUGGCCAGUAAAAUAAAUACAUUUAAAAUAGUAAUAAUCUGUUGUCAUACAUCACAAUUAAUAUUUCAGACACACAAAUAUCAUGCUUCCAAGACAUGCGAACCUCUCACUAUUACAAUAAGGGGGGUUAGCAUUUUGUGCGUCUAACUUUCUCACUCAUCCUUUUUCACGAUUCAUUCAGGAUUAUCUGUCAUAAUGGUAGCAUCCACAUUAAUGUAAAAGUUUUUUUUUUAAACUAUUCUAUUAUUUUAUAAGUGGCUCCAAAAUGACACAAUACAUUAUUUACAAAAUUAUUUAUAUUUGGUACUAAAUAGUGUGAAACGCAACCAAAACAAACAGCAAAUGGAUCUAACAAAUGUGUAGAGUUACAAGUUUGAUGUUGUCGUUGUGUGCUAGGAAUAUGGUACCAAAUACUCAACUUUUUACUACUCUAAUACACAUAUAAGUGAAUUUGUCACAAUACUUUUGGUCCCCUGAAAUGGGGGGGACCAUGUAUAAAAAGUGUUGUCAUUUCUAAAUGGUGAAACCAGUAUGUACACAACUACCCUCAAAUAAAAGCAGAACAUCUUUAA